AUGCUUGGUUUCAUAAAAAGAAUUUCAUCUGAGUUCAAUAUGUGUAGUUCUUUAAAAGCGCUUUAUUGUGCAUUUGUACGAUCCCACCUUGAAUAUGGUGUAGUGAUCUGGGACCCCCAGAAUUUACGUGACUCUUGCCAAAUCGAGCGUGUUCAGCGUAAAUUCCUAAAAUACGCUUCUUUUGUACUGCGUAUUGACUGCCUUCCACACGAUUAUACGCCAGUUCUAGAGAAAUUAAAUUUGGAGACGUUGAGCACUAGAAAAACAAAGGCUAACUUGGUUUUCUUGUCGAAACUCUUGAGUGGGGAAGUUGACGCUCCAGAUAUGUUAGGGAGGAUUAAUUUUAAUGUUCCCGGUGCUAAUUUUUGCAACUUUCCUCCAUUCCGGGUCCCGUUCUGUGCGACAAAUUAUUUAUAUAAUGAACCCAUUUUGCGUAUGAUGACAUUAGCUAAUGGAUCCAAUUAUAUCUAA